AUGUUCAGUAUAACGUCGGGUUUACGCAGACUGGGUCUGUGCUCUAGACCUACAAUCCAAAGUCUAAGGUUUCAAUCCACAAUAAAAUCAUCAGAUUCAAUUAUUCAAGCUUAUAUUCCACAAUUAGAACAAAAAAGAAUCAUUCCAGUUGAUAAUACAUAUUAUGAUGAAAGUCCUCCACAUGAAAAAAUUAUGAGAGAUUUGAAUGAUCUAUUACGUAAAUAUGUUACACUACCUAGAGAUGAUUCUAAAGUUAAUAAAUGGUUAACUUUUGAUCAAUAUCAAGGUUUAGCAAAAGAUCCAAGAUUAAGACCUGGUAAUCAUAGAGAUUUAGUUAAAGUUUUAUCAAGAUUAAAUAAAAUCGAUUCACAAUUAAUGCCUGAAGAAAUAGAAACACAAUUGAAAAAAUUUGCUCGUGCUCAAGGUCAAAAAGAAGAAGUUAAAGUUAUUAGAAAAUUAGAUGAAUUUGGUAGAUCUAAAACUAUUGGUGGUAGAAAAGCUGCUACUGCUAUGGUUUAUAUGUCAAAAGGUUCUGGUGAAAUCUUGGUUAAUGGUAGACCAUUAAAUAAAGAAUUUAAAAGAUUAGCUGAACGUGAAGAAAUUUUAUAUCCUUUAAAAGUUGUUGAAAGUGAAGGUGAAUAUAAUAUUUUCAUUACUGUUGAAGGUGGUGGAUUUUCAGGUAAAGCUGGUGCUAUUGCAAAUGCUAUUGGUAAAGGUCUUGUUAUUCAUAAUCCUUUAUUAAAACCAAGAUUAUAUAAAGCUGGUUGUAUGUCUAGAGAUAAUAGAAGAAAAGAAAGAAAGAAACCAGGUAAAAGAAAAGCUAGAAAGAGUCCAACUUGGGUUAAACGUUAG